ACUGAAAAUUUGCUGCUUUGAUCUGUUUGAUUUAUUAAAUAAAGUUUUUUUUUUUUAAAGUAAAUUUAAGUUUAUUAAAUAAAGUAAAGGCAAACUGAUUUAACACGUCUCUUAAAAAACCCUGCUGGCUUAUAUAUCUCUUUGUAUACUUUGUGUAGAGAGUCGGCUUACUGUGGGAGGCACGAUGGAUGGAUGGACAGAUGGAUGAGGGCUUUUCUGUUAAUCAUUAAUAACCUGGAUUAGUCCCAGUCUUCUGUAAAUAUGAUGAAUGCAUCCACGGCUUCAUUAGCUCUGCCUCCACACAGCACAGCUUUAUUAGUCUGAGGUUGCUCUCUGGUUUACCAGCUGCGUGGUUUUUCCCACUUUUCUUUAGCUUCCCAUCAGUGGUUGGGCCAAAAUGCUGGAUAUGAUCUUUUUUAUCUUUUCCUGGACUUGUGUGGAUUGACAACCGGCCUUAAAGACAAAUGAGCUGCAGUGGACUGUUCUUUUCACUGCAGACUGACUUCAUUUGCUUCUUUUUCUUUUUUGUUGUUCAGUUGAUAUUUUUUUUUCCGUAUCAACACUAAUUUCAUGUGACUAUGCCGAUGAAACGCAGCAGUGAGAGUUCAGCCCGGGAUGGAGUGUUUCUUAUUCACUCUCUAACCAAGACUUUGUGCAGCUCGCCAGAAGAAACUGACUUUAACAAACAGACAUAUUUACAUCAGGAGGAUGACUCUGGCAUUAAAUCAGAAGCUGAGGACAGUAAUGAGACGCCUUCUUCUGAAGAGGACCAGGACCUGGUGGACUUUAACCCAGACCUGGCCAUCAAACAGAGCAUCUCAUCCUCCAGGAAGACCAUCAGUCAGAUCAUCAAGGACAAGAAGAAACAGACACAACUCACUCUGCAGUGGCUGGAGGAGAAUUAUAUAGUGUGUGAAGGAGUGUGUCUGCCUCGAUGUAUCCUCUACGCUCACUAUCUGGACUUCUGCAGGAAGGAGAAACUGGAGCCGGCCUGUGCCGCCACCUUUGGAAAGACGAUUCGACAGAAGUUUCCUCUUUUAACAACGAGAAGGCUGGGCACCAGAGGACACUCCAAAUAUCAUUACUAUGGAAUCGGCAUCAAAGAGAGCAGCGCUUACUAUCACUCUGUGUAUUCUGGAAAAGGUUUGACCAGAUUUUCAGGGAGCAAGCUCAAGAAUGAGGGAGGCUUCACCAGGAAGUACUCUUUGAGCUCUAAAACUGGCACGUUACUCCCAGACUUCCCAAACGCUCAGCACCUUCUGCUGCAGGGAAACAUCUCCAGAGAAAAGGUGGACACUCUGAUCAUGAUGUACAAAACCCACUGCCAGUGCAUCCUGGACAAUGCCAUUAAUGUCAACUUUGAGGAGAUCCAGAAUUUCCUGCUCCAUUUCUGGCAGGGAAUGCCCGACCACCUGCUGCCCCUGCUGGAAAACCCUGUUAUAGUCGACAUCUUCUGCGUCUGUGACUCCAUUCUCUAUAAGGUUUUAACAGAUGUUCUGAUUCCUGCCACAAUGCAGGAGAUGCCUGAAAGUCUGUUAGCAGAUAUUCGCAACUUUGCCAAACAUUGGGAACACUGGCUAGCAUCCUCCCUGGAGAACCUCCCAGAAUGCCUUGCAGCAAAGAAACUCCCCAUUGCACGCCACUUUGUGUCCUCACUGAAGAGGCAGACCUCGUUCUUACACCUGGCACAGAUAGCUCGUCCGGCGCUGUUCGACCAAGCUGUAGUGACUAGCAUGGUGUUGGAUAUCGACAACGUGGAUCUCAGCAGCAUCAGCUCGCAGCCACUUCUCAGCAUAAACGCCACUGGAGACCAGGACCCAGACAUCUACUCUGAGUAUGACUCCAUCACCGUCUUUCAGGAGCUGAAGGAGCUGCUGAGAAAGAACGCCACAGUGGAGUCCUUCAUCGAGUGGCUGGACUCUGUCGUGGAGCAUAAAGUCAUCAAGCCCGGGAAGCAGAGCGGCCGGUCGCUGAAGAAGCGAGCUCAGGAUUUCCUCCUCAGGUGGAGUUUCUUUGGUGCCAGAGUGAUGCACAACCUCACGCUCAACAACGCCUCCAGCUUUGGCUCCUUCCACCUGAUCAGGAUGCUGUUGGACGAAUACAUCUUGCUGGCUCUGGAGACUCAGUUCAACAAUGACAAGGAGCAGGACCUGCAGAACCUGCUGGACAAAUACAUGAAAAAUGCAGAUGCAAGUAAAGCAGCGUUCAUGGCCUCUCCCAGUUCCUGCUUCCUAGCUAACCGCAACAAGGCCAGCGCUGUCAUCGACCAGUCGGUAAAGAACGAGUCUCUGGGAGAACACACCUAUAUGUCUUUGUCCACCAGCCAACAGCAGAGUCUGGAGACAAGCACCAUCAUCUACCAGGGGACAGACUCUGCUGCGUUCACAGUUUCAGGUGGUCAGAUGGACUUCUCUCAGGUCAGUGGCCCCCUCAUGACGCCCCCCAUCUCUCCAGCGGCAUUAGUGCACCGAGGCUCUGUCAUCAACCAGGGGCCCAUGACUGGGAGACCCCUGACAUCGUCUUCCUCUUCCACCGCCUGUUCCUCCUCCUCGUCUUCCUCCUGCCUGUCCUCUGUCAGUGCAAUGACCCAGCCCACUCCCUGCUCCACAUAUCCAGAGACCCUGUACCACUGCUUACCUCAGACCAGCUCUAGUUACUUCCCACCAGGCAGCGGCUCCUCAGCCUCAAACUACCAGCCUGCACUCAGGCCUCAGACUCAGAGCCAGUGUCUGGCUUCGGUUCAGUCUCAGGCCUCGUCGCUGGCCUACCAUCUCUCUCGGUACCCCUCCUUCAACGACCAACACCUGACCAAAGACGUGUUUUACAGCCAUCAUCACCCGUCAGCCCAUCACUCGUCCAACAGCACUAAGUGCUCCGUUACACCUUAUGGCUCUGCAGUGCGACCCACAUCCGGCUUCAGCUCAGGCUCUGAUCCAGUUCACAAUGAACAGGGACUGGACGCUCAGACGGCAGCCCAGAUUCUGGACUCGGCAGAGGGGUUCAGCUUUGUGGGGGCCGGGCUGAACCCCACCGGUGCUGGGUGUCAGGGACAGAUGUACUCUGCUGCAGGACACAGCGGUUACUAUGGCAACAGCAGCUACCUGGACGGCCAGCGUUUGACGUCACUGGUUGACCAGCAUGUGUCUGUCAUCAGCACCGUCGGCAGUCUGCGCCCUUUCCCCUCGACGUACUCUGAAGUCCACGAUCCACUCAACAUCCUGGAUGAACCAGGAAGGAAGACAUCAGGAGUGUACUUCACUGAGGCUGAAACCGGAGCAGAUCACUCCCUCCCUUCAUCAGGAUCUGCACCCUGCAUGUUUGGAGUUCCCUCGCCGUUCACCACGCAGGACUCGCUGCUGUCUCAGCAGCGCAUGUCCUCAACUUCAGAGGUGCAGGACCUGGUGUCUUCGCUGCCUCCCAUCAACACCGUCUUCAUGGGAGCAGGAGGGGUGCAAUGAUGCCGACUACACAAGCUCCUUCUGCUGGAGAUGUUUGGAGUCCAGUUUCCUUCAGAGCAGCCCAGAUCCAGACUGUGUGAAUGUGAUGUGAUGACGCCAUGAGAUGGAGUGGAGUGAGUGAGUUACAUCCAAACUGUAAGGUACAGUAUGGACCGUAAGCGAGGACACACCUGCAUACGUUGUUUUAUUCCCUACUGUAUUAUAAACCAGGCAGAGAGGAGCCGAGGAAAGAGAUUUAUUUCUGUUAAAAUGUGCAUUAUUCCUCAAAAACCUCUACUAAACUACUCUGAUGCAGAUAUUUAUCAUAUAUAAACAACAGCAUUUUUAAAUCUGUAUUAUUAUUAUUUUUUCAGUCAGAAAAAUAAUCACAAACACUGCUUUUGUUCCUAAAUGACGCCUGAGGACUUCCAUUUCUUCUGUGCCAUAAUUGUUGUAAAUAAAUCUUGUUGGUCUGUUGGUCACUAUGGUGUUCUGCCCAUUGACAGGUGAACAAGUGACAGACAGCCAUACUAUUUACAUCUGCAGUUUGUUACUACAGUGUUUUCUAUCCUACUCAAUAUUUCAGUUUCUUGUCAAGCACUUUCAUGAACCUCAUCCUGAAUUUGUAUUUAAAAUGAGAAGCAUUUUUCUGAGUUUCUGAAGACUCUCAAGCUGA